AUUGUUUUCAACUUCUCAACAGAUUAUCCACCAAAUUGUAGGGAAAAGUGGAAACGUUAGAAAAAUAUCCUUAUGUGUACUGGACAAAAAAGUAUCUUCAGCUAAAUUUUCCUUCUGAAUCUGCACCAAAAUUAAAAAUAUUUAUGUGUAAACGCCACAAGAAAACAUGGAAGUUUCAGUAAUUCCAGUACAUAGAGCUUCUUCACUAAGGCAUGUGAGAUUUCAAAACCAAUUCCCCCACAAUAAGCCCAAAUCCUUAAGUUUCCGGAGACAGAAAUUCAGUGGAAUGAGUUGCUGUAUGAGAGAAGCAGAGGUAAGUCAAGGAAGAAAGAAGAAUUACUAUGACUUGCUAGGAAUACCUAUCCAUUCGAGUCCUCAAAAGAUCAAAGAAGCUUAUAGGAAACUCCAAAAGAUUUAUCAUCCAGAUAUUGCAGGCCCAAAGGGUCAUGAUUACACCUUAGUACUGAAUGAAGCAUACAAGGUUUUGAUGAGAGAGGAUCUUAGAAGAGAGUAUGAUGUUUCAAUUGGCCAAAUUAGAGUUGGAAGUGGGAAAGGUUCCUCUCUUCAGGGCUACAGUUCAUGGAAAGGCCCUUUGAGACCUCAAGCUUUAUUUGUUGACGAGAAUACUUGUAUAGGGUGCGCGGAGUGCGUGCACCAUGCAAGAAACACCUUUGUAAUGGAUGAAGCUCUUGCGAGAGCUCGUGUCAGGGUCCAAUAUGGUGAUGAUGACUCACAGAUACAGGUCUCCAUUGAAUCAUGUCCUGUAAAUUGUAUCCAUUGGGUGGACACUGAAGAAUUAAGAGUACUCGAACACCUCAGUCGUCCUCAACAAAAAGAUGGGCAUGGAAUUUAUGGACAAGGUUGGGAAUCACCAAUAAAUGCUUUCAAGGCAGCUAAGUCCUUCCACAAUCAGUUAAAGAAGCAAGCCAAAGACAGUAUAAAAAAUGCAAGAUCAACUGAGGAAGAAACUCCCGCUCAAGCAGAAGCUCGAAUUAAUGCAAGUAUGAAAUUAAAGAUGGAAAAUAUUUCAAGAAUUUGGAGCUGGCUGAAGGAACUAGUUGGAUAGAAAAGCUUGCUCAAUUGUGAAUAAUUAUGAUAGUAUAUAAGCAAGCCACUCUGUGAAGAUGAAUAUUUUUCUUUCUGUUGAAAACAAGCCAGUUCAGCACCUAUUGUAUUGCGUAGAAAUCAAUAUCUGCCAUAUAUUAUUAGACGAUAGGAUUUUAUAACAUAUAUAUAGCGACGAAGAUAGUAAUUUUUUAUA